UCAAGGGUAAAAUUCCAUUCUGCUAUCAAAAUGCAGUAUUCCCACCACUGUGAGCACCUUUUAGAGCGACUGAAUGAACAACGGGAAGCAGGUUUUCUUUGUGACUGCACCGUAGUGAUCGGAGAAUUCCAGUUUAAAGCUCAUAGGAAUGUGCUUGCUUCUUUUAGUGAGUAUUUUGGGGCGAUCUACAGAAGCACUUCUGAGAACAAUGUCUUUCUUGAUCAGAGUCAGGUAAAAGCCGAUGGAUUUCAGAAACUGUUGGAGUUCAUAUACACAGGAACUUUAAAUCUUGACAGUUGGAAUGUUAAAGAGAUUCACCAGGCUGCUGACUAUCUCAAAGUGGAAGAGGUGGUCACUAAAUGUAAAAUAAAGAUGGAAGAUUUUGCUUUUAUUGCUAACCCCUCUUCUACAGAGAUAUCUAGUAUUACUGGAAACAUUGAAUUGAAUCAACAGACUUGUCUUCUUACUCUCCGAGAUUAUAAUAGUCGGGAGAAAUCAGAAGUAUCUACAGAUUUUGUUCAGGCAAAUCCCAAACAAGGGACUCUAGCAAGGAAGUCUCAAACUAAAAAGAAGAGGAAGCCUUUCAAUUCCCAGAAAACUGGGCAGAAUAAAACAGUGCAAUAUCCCAGUGACAUUUUAGAGAACGCAUCUGUCGAAUUAUUCCUGGAUGCGAGCAAGUUGUCUACACCUGUAACAGAACAAGGUGUCCAAAGAAAUGACCAUUCAGAACUCGAGUUGACCUCGGUUGUGGAAAACACUUUUCCGGAGCAAGAUAUCGUACAAACCGUUACAGUGAAACGGAAGCGUGGAAAAUCACAGCCAAACUGUGCUCUGAAGGAACACUCUAUGUCGAACAUAGCCAGUGUCAAGAGUCCGUAUGAGCUGGAGAACUCUGGGGAAGAGAUGGAUCAGAGGUAUCCCAAGGCCAAGCCAAUGUGCAACACGUGUGGGAAAGUGUUUUCAGAAGCCAGCAGCCUGAGAAGGCACAUGAGAAUACACAAGGGAGUCAAACCUUACGUCUGUCACUUGUGUGGAAAGGCAUUUACCCAGUGCAACCAGCUGAAAACACAUGUAAGAACUCAUACAGGUGAGAAGCCAUACAAAUGUGAAUUGUGUGAGAAAGGAUUUGCUCAGAAAUGCCAGCUAGUCUUCCAUAGUCGCAUGCAUCACGGUGAGGAAAAACCCUAUAAAUGUGAUGUGUGCAAUUUACAGUUUGCAACUUCUAGCAAUCUGAAGAUUCAUGCAAGAAAGCAUAGUGGAGAGAAGCCAUAUGUCUGUGACAGGUGUGGACAGAGGUUUGCCCAAGCCAGCACACUGACCUAUCACGUCCGCAGGCACACUGGAGAGAAGCCGUAUGUGUGUGACACCUGUGGGAAGGCAUUUGCUGUCUCCAGUUCCCUCAUCACUCAUUCUCGAAAGCACACAGGUGAAAAACCAUACAUAUGUGGUAUUUGUGGGAAAAGUUUUAUUUCCUCAGGAGAGCUCAACAAACACUUUCGAUCCCAUACAGGAGAAAGACCAUUUAUCUGUGAAUUAUGUGGAAAUUCUUACACAGAUAUUAAAAAUUUAAAGAAGCACAAAACAAAAGUCCAUUCUGGUGCAGAUAAAACUCUAGAUUCCAGUGUAGAAGACCAUACUUUAGGUGAACAGGAUUCCAUACACAGAAGUCCUUUACCAGAAACUCUGGACGUAAAGCCUUCCGAUAUGACUUUGCCACUCUCUCUUCCACUUGGGACCGAGGACCACCACAUGCUCCUGCCUGUCACGGAGAAUCAGUCUCCCACCUCGGAUACACUGUUGCGGUCAGCUGUGAAUGGGUAUUCAGAACCACAGUUGAUUUUUUUACAACAGUUAUACUGACUUUGUGAGAAAUAUGGAAUUGCUGAGACAUCUUUGGUCGGAAGCAUAAACAUCUGUGGUAAAGUGCAUAUAUUUGUAUUAAAUUCCCAUUCGUCUGACUUGUGGCCACAAUUCUUCAUCCCUGAAGUAAAAGCCCUGAUGCCCCAUCAUAGCUGCGAUGCUUGUUUUGAUUUUUGGCUCUGUGUCUGUACUGUACACACAGCCUUUUAAAGACUGAAUUAUACUAGGUAGCACUGUUUGGGGUAGAUAAGUUUUAUUUUCUUUUAAAGCUGCCUUAAUUUCAUUCUUAUUUUGCAUUUUGGAAUCGCCCUUCAUUUACUGAAGUAGAAUCUGUCAGUUUAUGUGAUUCAGUCUUGACCUGUGGGAUAGGAAAAUUUUCUUCCCUCAGAAUGUAAACAAAAUUCAUUAUUGUAUCAACCCAAGAGUGUGUGCUGUUUGUAAGCCCCACAGACCAAUACAUAUACUAUGGAAAGUAAAAUGUUGUAUUUCUGCCUAUGAAAAUGUAGGUACUAAAUGAGAAUUACACUAUUUCUCUAUUAAUAUAUUCCACUAGAGGUAACUUUUCUAAUGAAAGAAAAAAGUUUCUCUUAAAAGCUAAAAAGCUGUGUAUACAUUUUUGUUCAUUCAGAAUGAUUCUGGAGAAAAGCAAUGGUUAGUACUUUUGGUUUGAGUUAUUUGAGACUUUUAAAAAUAAAUUUUAAAUAGACAUUUGGUAUUUUUGUCUUAUCAAAGACAGUUUUAGAAUUUGAUUCAGUUUAUGUUUUAUUAGAUUUCUAGAUUAUUGGAGAUUAGGAAAAUAUACCGAGUUUUGAAAAAUUUUGAUAAGCCUCUCUUACACCUAUUAUGCACUUUUUAAAAUAAAUGUUAAAUUCCAAAAAUAAUUUUUUAGAUAUAAACUUAAUGCAUACUAGAAAUCACUUGACUUCUAAGUUUGAUACAUUAUAUUGUAUAAAGAGUUAAGAAAUUAACUUCAAUUAUUAGUAAACAUUUUGGGUUAGCAGAGAGCCAGUUUAUUAAAUAUUUUAUAUUUGAGUUUUCUAAAAACUUUGAGUUUCUUGAUUUUAUAAAUUAAACCACAAUUUGGUUGUUGUCGUUUCACAAUGAACCUUUUCCUUCCAAAUGAAUGUAGAAAAUUCAGCAAUAUCCUAUAUUUGCUACCACUUUUCCUACAAAUUAAUUUAUUUCGUUGCCCGGUCUUUGGACGUGAAAUUAUCAUGUCAUAAAGUAAAUUCCUAUAGCACUGAUCAAGCCUCGUGGUGACAUUAUUUCUUGUUUCUGCCAUGUGUUAGUUGUGGCUUAUUUGUUUUCUGGUUUGAAUCUACAUGUGUAAUAAAGUUCAUUUCUUUUAUUGGUA